CCCUUGCCCUCCUAUUAAACUUACUGUCGUCUUCUUCGUUCUCCCCGAAAAGUAAAUCGCACUCUCGUCUCUCUUCUUCUGCUUUCAUCUCUCAGUUUUUGACUCUUUAUUAAAACAAAGAAACAGAGAGAAUCUCUCCGGCCGAUUACUUCUUCUUCUUCCUCCCUUCCCUGUUUCUUCUUUAUCAUCUUCUUUCCCUGCGCUUUCACCGACGAUGGCGGUUUUAACCCUCAGUUCCCUCCCCCUGGGCUUCCGAUUUAGACCCACCGAUGAAGAACUCAUCAACUUCUACCUCCGCUCCAAGAUCAAUGGAAAUCACGAAGAAGUCAGCGUUAUUCGCGAAAUCGAUGUCUGUAAAUGGGAGCCCUGGGAUCUUCCUGAUCUAUCGAUAAUAAAGACAAAAGAUCCCGAGUGGUUCUUCUUUUGUCCACAGGACAGGAAGUAUCCCAACGGGCACCGUUUGAAGAGAGCUACCGAUGCUGGCUACUGGAAGGCAACGGGUAAGGAUCGCAAAAUCAAGUCCGGAACAAACUUGAUUGGAAUGAAGAAGACAUUGGUAUUCUACAAAGGUCGUGCUCCUAAGGGAAAGAGAACCAAUUGGGUAGUACAUGAGUAUCGUGCCACUCUUAAGGAACUUGAUGGCACUAACCCUGGACAGAGUGCCUUUGUUCUCUGUCGUCUGUUUAAGAAACAGGAUGAAAGUAUUGAAGGGUCAAAUGGCGAUGAAGCUGAAGCUGCUAUUUCAUCCCCUACCACAGCUGACUCAUCUCCUGGACCUGGAGACUCCCAUUCAGAGCCAAUACUUCCUUUAGUUUCUCCAUCAUUGCCGGGGCGGGCUGAAAGUUCUGAUGAAGUGGCAUCCGAAACAGUCGAACAUCCUGAUGGUUCAGCUGAAAUCUCUUGUUUUGAUUCAUAUAAUGCAGAAAUGGAUCCUCAUCCAUAUGAAAAGAAGAAUUACUGUGUUUCAGAGGAUGAACCACUUGAUAGCAAACUGUUUUCCCCCUUGCGCUCGCAGCUGCAAGCAGAGCUAGGAUCAUCUGGCAUAUACUAUUCCGAUAGCAAUUACUUGAACUUCGACGGAAAUGCAAAUGCAGUGCAGCAGUUACAGAGUGGGACAGAGGAGUCAGAUUAUAUCUAUCAGUUUAUAGACUCUUUCGACUGUAAUUUGGAUGAUUUUGCUCUUGAAGACUUCCAGAUUCCGAAUAAUACAAUGGCUAGCUUGGACUACCGAUUUUAUGGCGAAGUGGAGGCUGAAAAUUCUAAAAAAUCACAGGUUAUGUCAGAGUUGGAAAGCUCAAUUUGUCUGGAGGAUAUAGACAGGAAGAUUCCUAUUAUUGAACAUACGGAAACUGCACCAACAGAACAAGGUCAAUUUUUUAAUCCAUCUGGGAGCCUUCCGGAAUCAUGCAAUCAAUUGUCUGCAGCAGGAAGUACCGAUGCUACAGCUGGAAUUCAGAGAAUUAGUCGCCGGCAAAGAAGUCAGCAGCAACACAAUGAGUUUUCUGCAUCUCAGGGGACUGCGCCAAGAAGGCUACGAUUGCAAAGGAUACUUGCAGCGCCAUCCUCACGCUCUAGCAAAAUGUGUAGUGCGAGUGGUGGAAGGCGGGAUGAUGAUCCCCCAUCAAUCUCUAGCAAGGAGAAAAAAGCUUCAGAAAACAAGAGUAUUGGAGGGGUAUGUGGGAGUGAUGAUGGUUUUGAUGAUGUGAAACAGCCCCAGAUGAGGACUGAGGCUGCUGAGUCAGGGGUGAGCAGUGGUAAAGCCUCCCAGGAAGCGAGUUCAAAGUCAGUGGCAAGCUAUAGCUCAAAGAUUGGUUUCUUAACUGGGAAAAGAAGAUUGGCGAAGGCACUGCCACCUUCAGUUCUUUCAUACGUUUCUAUAGUUAGGCUUGUUGUUGUAGUAUUGUCCAUAAUUUUUAUUAGCAUUUGGAAGUGGUGUAAGCGCGACCAGCGUGGGUACCCUGUCUCACCCUUCCGUUAAGCCUUCAUAGUUUUUUAUGGCCUUCCCUUCAUGGGGGUAGCAGAUUAGGAUUGUGAGAGGCAUGUAUGUGGUCAAUGUGGAUAUUUAGUUUGGGCCUAAUGUAUGUUUUUAUGCACCGUCCUCAGGACUCGGGAGUCCCAUGUUUUUGUAUAAAACAGCAUCAUCACUCUUCUCCACUCUCUUUUCUUUAAGGUGUUUUGUGUGUAAAUUUAGCUGCCUGCUUUUA